UCAUUCCUCUCUUUCAUUCCAGAGAUUCCUCUGAAAAGCUGUCACCUUUCCAAAAUACCAAGCCUGCUUCCCAACCAGCACCAACAACAACAGCGACUAUACUAUCAGUGGCAGUGCCAGCUGAGCCUCCUCAUCCUCACCUGACCUUCAUCAGACAAGAGGAGGGGGGCAGAGACAAUCCUACUCCGGGCUGCCCAAAAGAAAAAAAAAAAAAAAUACAAGUCUUUCCCAACAAAGUGCUGACCAGAUCUGCCUCCUCUUUCCCCCCAUUCAGUGCCUACUCCUGGUCCCCAGAUACAUUAAACCAAUUGCUACAAAGAUAACAUUUCUUUAAAAAAAAAAAAAAAAAGUCCCAGACAUUUCAACUGUUCCAGAUUGGAACCAGCCUGGUGAUCGUGGUUUGGGAAAGACAGAAAAACUGGGAAAGAUUUUGGAGCAAGAUUGAAAGAAGGACCCACUGUGUUUGUGACCAGCAUUUUCCCUUUACGGAGAGUGACCUUCCCUAAUAUCAGCAUCAGCAAUUAGAGAAUAAUACAGGACCCAACAAAGAGGGUUUACUGUGUCCUCUCCCACGGGUUGAGGCUUGGAGGAGCCUCUCCUUUCCCUCCUGUACUCAACACUAAGCAUGGAUCCCAAUGGGUGGAGUGAAGCAGGUAGCCCUGCUGAAAGUACGGCUGAUUUGGGAGAUUCAAUGGAGAAAAGCCUGGACAAUGAUGCAGAAGGAGUGUGGAGUCCUGACAUUGAACAGAGCUUUCAGGAAGCCUUGGCAAUUUAUCCACCAUGUGGUAGACGCAAAAUUAUCUUAUCAGAUGAAGGAAAGAUGUAUGGUCGGAAUGAGUUAAUAGCCAGAUAUAUAAAGCUCCGGACAGGAAAGACGCGCACAAGAAAACAGGUCAGCAGCCACAUACAGGUGCUGGCACGAAGGAAAUCCCGCGAGAUCCAGUCCAAGCUAAAGGAUCAGGUAGCAAAAGAUAAAGCUCUUCAGAGUAUGGCAGCAAUGUCCUCAGCACAGCUGAUUUCAGCCACAGCAAUCCAGAACAAAUUGGGAGUACCCAGUAUAUCACAGACCCCAUUCCCAUCCACUCCAGGGUCCCCAGAUUUUUUCCAGUUUUGGCCGAGUGGAGCUGGUCAGCCCCGACCAACCCAGGAUGUUAAACCGUUUUCCCAGCCUCCAUAUCCCUUGCAGCCUGUUGCCCCCCCUCCUGCUGUACCAGGUUACAAUGUAGCUCCUGCCAGCCUUUCGCCUAUACCCACAGGCCCUGCAUGGCAAGGCCGCUCUAUUGGAACUCCAAAACUGAGGCUUGUGGAAUUCUUAGCUUUUAUGGAUCAGCAAGGUGAACCUGAUGCAUACAACAAGCACCUCUAUGUGCAUAUUAGCCAGUGUAAUCCUUCCUAUAGCGAUGCGCUGCUGGAGUCUGUGGAUGUGCGUCAAAUAUACGACAAAUUCCCUGAGAAAAAGGGAGGGUUGAAAGAACUGUAUGAGAAGGGACCACCAAAUGCUUUCUUCCUUGUCAAGUUCUGGGCGGACCUUAACACAAGCAUCCAGGAUGAACCUGGAGUUUUCUAUGGUGUAAGCAGCCAGUAUGAAAGCCCUGAAAAUAUGACCAUCACCUGUUCUUCCAAAGUCUGUUCCUUCGGAAAGCAAGUGGUGGAGAAAGUUGAGACAGAGUAUGCCAGGUUUGAAAAUGGCCGUUUUCUGUACCGCAUCCAUCGCUCACCGAUGUGUGAAUAUCUCAUAAACUUCAUCCACAAGCUUAAACAGCUUCCUGAGAAAUACAUGAUGAACAGUGUAUUAGAAAACUUCACUAUUCUCCAGGUGGUUACAAAUCGAGACACCCAAGAAUUACUUCUCUGCAUAGCUUACGUCUUUGAAGUGUCAACCAGUGAACACGGUGCUCAGCAUCACAUCUAUCGGCUGGUGAAAGACUGAGUACAAAGGCAGCUCUCCCUUCCCCUCAGCUUGGUCACGUAGGACUGGUUGUUUAAGACACGUGCAAAAGUGGAGGCAUCUCGCAUUCUCCCGAAGCUUCUGGACCCUUUUUUGGAAAGGAGGCAAAUAAAAAAAACAAAAUGGGGAAUGGGACCCUUUAAUGGAUGCAAGGACAGGGGGAAGGGACACAAAACCACAAAGACCUCACCCUAACAGAACCUUCUCUGUGUUAUGUUUUUGAGCCAAAAGGAUUAUAUAUAAAUUUAUAUAUAUAUAUAUAUAUGUUUGUGUGUGUGAAACCAUUUCCAAACCUGGGAAAUCAUGUAGAAGCCACAGCUGUCAUAAGUUGUUUUUUUCUGUUUUAUUUUUGUUAAUAUUAUUAUAUAUAUAUUUUUUUUUACAUUUUAUUUGCUGCCAAGUUUUUAAAUUCACGGUACGGCACCAAAAUUAAAAAUAGGAAGAGAAGGAAUUGGUAGGAUAUUACCAGAGUUGUCCACUUCUUUUCCUGAGUCUAGCUCCUUGGACCCUACUGAAAUGUAUUGCCUGCACUUUCCAUGGUAGAAUAUUUCUAGCUGUAAUUACUGUUCUGUAGCCAACAGAUUGGGUUUCUAGAAGUAGGCUUGCACAGUAUUGUACACUGGUUCACUUUACGCUAGUUGUAACUAGUGUCCAGCUUUUUAAAAAAAUAGAUAUAUAAUGUUAAUUUAUCAGGGAGCAGAGGAAUGUUGAUUUUACUGUGCGUUUGGUUUGAUGCACCCGUUAAAUAUGACAAAUGCAGAACCAUAAGGGUGCACAUAAAGUUCAUUACAGACAUUUUAUUUGUGUGGUUAAUAUCACGACGGUGGACAUAUAUUUUUGAAGGAUCAUGCAGCUUGAUUGUGAAGGGCCAAAAAUAGGAAAAGAUUAUUUUUGGGUCUAUUGUAAAGUAUUUUUAAUGAAAGAAAGACUUGCCAGUUCACCAAUGGAGUGUUCUGCAUGCUUCCCCUUGUUUUUAAUUAAACAGAAACCAGGGUUUCCACUUCCUGUUGAUGUCAGUGUGGCACUUCACAUUUCUCUGAAAAGGAGCCAAGAACAAGAUAACAGUAGUUGAGACGAUUGCUGAAGAAUUUUGGUCUGGAUGCGUUGGACUCUUUAAAGUAUGAUUUAAAAAGUAUAUUUAGUGACUUGCACCCUCUUCUGUAACACAUUCAGUGCCUAAAGGAAUGUGGUAAAAAGACAUAUAUUUUUUUGUAUUGAAAAGCCAAUGUGCUAAUGAGUGGAUUUGAAAUUAUAGUAUGAAAAUUAUAAUGAAAAAAGUGUACUUAACUGGCAGCCUGCUUAUCCUGCCUGUAGGAAAUCCCAGCACUCCUGAUGAUGCACGCAAUUAUUACCUGAACUUUGAUUUUAAUUAAAACUUAAUGAACAGAGAGAAGAUCAUUCUUAACACUGCUGUACGUUGGGUUUUGAGGGGAGGGGGGAAAAAAGGUGGGAUGCUAAAAUAUCACUGUUUCUAUUUUAGUUAUAUUUUUAUGAUCAUAAGAAUCAUAGCAAACCCUCAAAAUUGUCACAGUAUCAUGUGUUUGUGUGCCAUUUUACAUGGGCUUACAGAGCCAUAGAUAAUAUGAAACCCUGUUUAGUCAUUUUUUUGAUGUCAAAAGGACUUGCAUUGGAAACUAUUGUAGCUUUCCUUGACAGCAGAUUGGUCAAACCAAAGAAAUAAACUAUGCAUUUCCUGUGAGUUCUUAUUUGAUGCCGAAGUGCUGAAUGGUCCUAUUUUUCUUCUGUUUAAGUUCCAGAUAUUUAGGAAGUCUAAAAUGUCUGACUGUAGAACAACAAGGUAUUUGGCAUAGCUUCAGAAUUUCUAUUGUAAUCCUGUUUUUUUACUUCCAAGUUUACCUGACCAUUACAUUAUGCCAAUCUACAGUAUUUAAUAUAUGUCAAUUCAGAGUCCUCUAGUGUUUGGAAAUGUUACAAUAUGAAUAGAAGGAAAUAUGUGAUUAUGAAUGAAGUUGUAUAGGAGUAUUUGUAAGUGCCAAAAUAGAAACUUCUUUUUUUCUCUCCCGUAACGUGACUGAACAGAGGACAGUGCAAAUGAGAUUAACUUGAAAGCGGACUCAUUUUGACUUAUGAAACUGUUUCCCCUCCAUCUUCAAUAUCCAAAUAGAGAUUAAGAGACUGCAUAUGAUGCUAUAAACUCGGGGAAAUCCGUUGUACACAAAAAAAAAAAGCAAAACAAGUUGACUUCAGUGUAUACCAAUGUUUGUAUUGUGAACAAAACUUUCUUAGUAUAUAAAAUUAUUUUACAAAAACAUGA